AUGGGGAUCUUCACGAAUCGGCAUCCAAAUCCACCAAGCUGCUGUCACUUCGUUGUGAACCUCCAGCCUCCAAAUUUCGGGUGUUUGAGCAUCGUUAAGCGAUUUAUACAUCGUCGCCAGGCUGCAGCCAAUUCGUCGCCAAAGUUCAACGAUUCUAGCAACGUCGCACGGGACGGCUCUGUCCUCCUCCUCCCUGGUAUUGCCUCCUCCUCACCGGUGUUGCCUCCUCCUCGCUGGUGUUGCCUUCUCCUCCCCGGUAUUGCCUCCUCCUCCCCAGUGUUGCCUCCUCCUCACUGGUGUUGCCUCCUCCUCCUUGGUGUUGCCUCCUCCUCCCUGGUGUUGCCUCCUCAUCCUUGGUGUUGCCUCCUCCUCUCUGGUGUUGCCUUCUCCUCCCUGGUGUUGCCUCCUCCUCCCCGGUGUUGUUUCCUCCUCACUGGUGUUGCCUUCUCCUCCCUGGUGUUGCCUCCUCCUCCCUGGUGUUGCCUCCUCCUCCCUGGUGUUGCCUCCUCCUCCCUGGUGUUGCCUCCUCCUCCUCGGUGUUGCCUCCUUCUCCUCGGUGUUGCCUCCUCCUCCCCGGUGUUGCCUCCUCCUCUCGGUGUUGCCUCCUCCUCCCCCGUGUUGCCUCCUCCUCACUGGUGUUGCCUCCUCCUCAAUGGUGUUGCCUCCUCCUCACUGGUGUUGCCUCCUCCUCCCUGGUGUUGCCUUCUCCUCCCUGGUGUUGCCUCCUCCUCCUUGGUGUUGCCUCCUCCUCUCUGGUGUUGCCUUCUCCUCCCUGGUGUUGCCUCUUCCUCACUGGUGUUGCCUCCUCCUCCCUGGUGUUGCCUUCUCCUCCCUGGUGGUACCUCCUCCUCCUUGGUGUUGCCUCCUCCUCACUGGUGUUGCCUCCUCCUCCCUGGUGUUGCCGCCUUCUCCCCGGUGUUGCCUCCUCCUCCCCGGUGUUGCCUCCUCCUCCCUGGUGUUGCCUUCUCCUCCCUGGUGUUGUUUCCUCCUCACUGGUGUUGCCUCCUCCUCCCUGGUGUUGCCUUCUCCUCCCUGGUGUUGCCUCCUCCUCCCCGGUGUUGUUUCCUCCUCACUGGUGUUGCCUCCUCCUCCCUGGUGUUGCCUCCUCCUCCCCGGUGUUGCCUCCUCCUCCCUGCUGUUGCCUCCUCCUCCUUGGUGUUGCCUCCUCCUCCCUGGUGUUGCCUCCUCCUCCUUGGUGUUGCCUCCUCCUCCCUGGUGUUGCCUUCUCCUCCCUGGUGUUGCCUCCUCCCCGGUGUUGUUUCCUCUUCACUGGUGUUGCCUCCUCCUCCCUGGUGUUGCCUUCUCCUCCCUGGUGUUGCCUCCUCCCCGGUGUUGUUUCCUCUUCACUGGUGUUGCCUCCUCCUCCCUGGUGUUGCCUUCUCCUCCCUGGUGUUGCCUCCUCCUCCCCGGUGUUGCCUCCUCCUCCCCGGUGUUUCCUCCUCCUCCCUGCUGUUGCCUCCUCCUCCUUGGUGUUGCCUCCUCCUCAUCGGUGUUGCCUCCUCCUCCUUGGUGUUGCCUCCUCCUCUCUGGUGUUGCCUUCUCCUCCCCGGUGUUGUUUCCUCCUCACUGGUGUUGCCUCCUCCUCCCUGGUGUUGCCUUAUCCUCCCUGGUGUUGCAUCCUCCUCACUGGUGUUGCCUCCUCCUCACUGGUGUUGCCUCCUCCUCCCUGGUGUUGCCUCCUCCUCCCUGGUGUUGCCGCCUUCUCCCCGGUGUUGCCUCCUCCUCCCUGGUGUUGCCUCCUCCUCCCUGGUGUUGCCUCCUCCUCCUUGGUGUUGCCUCCUCCUCACUGGUGUUGCCUCCUCCUCCUUGGUGUUGCCUCCUCCUCCUUGGUGUUGCCUCCUCCUCCCCGGUGUUGCCUCCUCCUCCUUGGUGUUGCCUCCUCCUCUCUGGUGUUGCCUCCUCCUCCCCGGUGUUGUUUCCUCCUCACUGGUGUUGCCUCCUCCUCCCUGGUGUUGCCUUCUCCUCCCUGGUGUUGCCUCCUCCUCCUUGGUGUUGCCUCCUCCUCACUUGUGUUGCCUCCUCCUCCCUGGUGUUGCCUCCUCCUCCCUGGUGUUGCCGCCUUCUCCCCGGUGUUGCCUCCUCCUCCCUGGUGUUGCCUCCUCCUCCCUGGUGUUGCCUCCUCCUCCUUGGUGUUGCCUCCUCCUCACUGGUGUUGCCUUCUCCUCCCUGGUGUUGCCUCCUCCUCCCUGGUGUUGCCUCCUCCUCCCUGGUGUUGCCUCCUCCUCCUUAUUGUUGCCUCCUCCUCCCUGGUGUUGCCUCCUCCUCCCCGGUGUUGCCUCCUCCUCCCUGGUGUUGACUCCUCCUCCCUGGUGUUGCCUCCUCCUCUCUGGUGUUGCCUUCUCCUCCCUGGUGUUGCCUCCUCCUCUAUGGUGUUGCCUCCUCCUCACUGGUGUUGCCUCCUCCUCCCCGGUGUUGCCUCCUCCUCCCUGGUGUUGCCUUCUCCUCCCUGGUGUUGUUUCCUCCUCACUGGUGUUGCCUCCUCCUCCCUGGUGUUGCCUUCUCCUCCCUGGUGUUGCCUCCUCCUCACUGGUGUUGCCUCCUCCUCCCCGGUGUUGCCUCCUCCUCCCUGGUGUUGCCUCCUCCUCCUUGGUGUUGCCUCCUCCUCCCUGGUGUUGCCUCCUCCUCCUUGGUGUUGCCUCCUCCUCCCUGGUGUUGCCUCCUCCUCCCUGGUGUUGCCUCCUCCUCCUUGGUGUUGCCUCCUCCUCUCUGGUGUUGCCUUCUCCUCCCUGGUGUUGCCUCCUCCUCACUGGUGUUGCCUCCUCCUCCCCGGUGUUGUUUCCUCCUCACUGGUGUUGCCGCCUCCUCCCUGGUGUUGCCUUCUCCUCCCUGGUGUUGCCUCCUCCUCCUUGGUGUUGCCUCCUCCUCACUGGUGUUGCCUCCUCCUCCCUGGUGUUGCCUCCUCCUCCCUGGUGUUGCCGCCUUCUCCCCGGUGUUGCCUCCUCCUCCCUGGUGUUGCCUCCUCCUCCCUGGUGUUGCCUCCUCCUCCUUGGUGUUGCCUCCUCCUCACUGGUGUUGCCUCCUCCUCCCUGGUGUUGCCUUCUCCUCCCUGGUGUUGUUUCCUCCUCACUGGUGUUGCCUCCUCCUCCCUGGUGUUGCCUCCUCCUCCCCGGUGUUGCCUCCUCCUCCCUGGUGUUGCCUCCUCCUCCCCGGUGUUGCCUCCUCCUCCCUGGUGUUGCCUCCUCCUCCCUGGUGUUGCCUCCUCCUCCCUUGGUGUUGCCUCCUCCUUUCUGGUGUUGUCUUCUCCUCCCUGGUGUUGCCUCCUCCUCCCCGGUGUUGUUUCCUCCUCACUGGUGUUGCCUCCUCCCUGGUGUUGCCUUCUCCUCCCUGGUGUUGCCUCCUCCUCCCUGGUGUUGCCUCCUCCUCCCUGGUGUUGCCUCCUCCUCCUUGGUGUUGCCUCCUCCUCCCUGGUGUUGCCUUCUCCUCCCUGGUGUUGCCUCCUCCUCCUUGGUGUUGCCUCCUCCUCACUUGUGUUGCCUCCUCCUCCCUGGUGUUGCCUCCUCCUCCCUGGUGUUGCCGCCUUCUCCCCGGUGUUGCCUCCUCCUCCCUGGUGUUGCCUCCUCCUCCCUGGUGUUGCCUCCUCCUCCUUGGUGUUGCCUCCUCCUCACUGGUGUUGCCUUCUCCUCCCUGGUGUUGCCUCCUCCUCCCUGGUGUUGCCUCCUCCUCCCUGGUGUUGCCUCCUCCUCCUUAUUGUUGCCUCCUCCUCCCUGGUGUUGCCUCCUCCUCCCUGGUGUUGACUCCUCCUCCCUGGUGUUGCCUCCUCCUCUCUGGUGUUGCCUUCUCCUCCCUGGUGUUGCCUCCUCCUCUAUGGUGUUGCCUCCUCCUCACUGGUGUUGCCUUCUCCUCCCCGGUGUUGCCUCCUCCUCCCUGGUGUUGCCUUCUCCUCCCUGGUGUUGUUUCCUCCUCACUGGUGUUGCCUCCUCCUCCCUGGUGUUGCCUUCUCCUCCCUGGUGUUGCCUCCUCCUCACUGGUGUUGCCUCCUCCUCCCCGGUGUUGCCUCCUCCUCCCUGGUGUUGCCUCCUCCUCCUUGGUGUUGCCUCCUCCUCCCUGGUGUUGCCUCCUCCUCCUUGGUGUUGCCUCCUCCUCCCUGGUGUUGCCUCCUCCUCCCUGGUGUUGCCUCCUCCUCCUUGGUGUUGCCUCCUCCUCUCUGGUGUUGCCUUCUCCUCCCUGGUGUUGCCUCCUCCUCACUGGUGUUGCCUCCUCCUCCCCGGUGUUGUUUCCUCCUCACUGGUGUUGCCGCCUCCUCCCUGGUGUUGCCUUCUCCUCCCUGGUGUUGCCUCCUCCUCCUUGGUGUUGCCUCCUCCUCACUGGUGUUGCCUCCUCCUCCCUGGUGUUGCCUCCUCCUCCCUGGUGUUGCCGCCUUCUCCCCGGUGUUGCCUCCUCCUCCCUGGUGUUGCCUCCUCCUCCCUGGUGUUGCCUCCUCCUCCUUGGUGUUGCCUCCUCCUCACUGGUGUUGCCUCCUCCUCCCUGGUGUUGCCUUCUCCUCCCUGGUGUUGUUUCCUCCUCACUGGUGUUGCCUCCUCCUCCCUGGUGUUGCCUCCUCCUCCCCGGUGUUGCCUCCUCCUCCCUGGUGUUGCCUCCUCCUCCCCGGUGUUGCCUCCUCCUCCCUGGUGUUGCCUCCUCCUCCCUGGUGUUGCCUCCUCCUCCCUUGGUGUUGCCUCCUCCUUUCUGGUGUUGUCUUCUCCUCCCUGGUGUUGCCUCCUCCUCCCCGGUGUUGUUUCCUCCUCACUGGUGUUGCCUCCUCCCUGGUGUUGCCUUCUCCUCCCUGGUGUUGCCUCCUCCUCCCUGGUGUUGCCUCCUCCUCCCUGGUGUUGCCUCCUCCUCCUUGGUGUUGCCUCCUCCUCCCUGGUGUUGCCUUCUCCUCCCUGGUGUUGCCUCCUCCUCUCUGGUGUUGCCUUCUCCUCCCUGGUGUUGCCUCCUCCUCACUGGUGUUGCCUCCUCCUCCCUGGUGUUGCCUUCUCCUCCCUGGUGUUGCCUCCUCCUCCCUGGUGUUGCCUCCUCCUCCCCGGUGUUGCCUCCUCCUCUCGGUGUUGCCUCCUCCUCCCCCGUGUUGCCUCCUCCUCACUGGUGUUGCCUCCUCCUCACUGGUGUUGCCUCCUCCUCCCUGGUGUUGCCUUCUCCUCCCUGGUGUUGCCUCCUCCUCCUUGGUGUUGCCUCCUCCUCUCUGGUGUUGCCUUCUCCUCCCUGGUGCUGCCUCCUCCUCACUGGUGUUGCCUCCUCCUCCCUGGUGUUGCCUCCUCCUCACUGGUGUUGCCUCCUCCUCCCCGGUGUUGCCUCCUCCUCCCUGGUGUUGCCUCCUCCUCCUUGGUGUUGCCUCCUCCUCCCUGGUGUUGCCUCCUCCUCCUUGGUGUUGCCUCCUCCUCCCUGGUGUUGCCUCCUCCUCCCUGGUGUUGCCUCCUCCUCCUUGGUGUUGCCUCCUCCUCCCUGGUGUUGCCUCCUCCUCCUUGGUGUUGCCUCCUCCUCCCUGGUGUUGCCUUCUCCUCCCUGGUGUUGCCUCCUCCUCCCCGGUGUUGUUUCCUCCUCACUGGUGUUGCCUCCUCCUCCCCGGUGUUGCCUUCUCCUCCCUGGUGUUGCCUCCUCCUCACUGGUGUUGCCUCCUCCUCCCCGGUGUUGCCUUCUCCUCCCUGUUGUUGCCUCCUCCUCCUUGGUGUUGCCUCCUCCUCCCCGGUGUUGCCUCCUCCUCCCCGGUGUUGCCUCCUCCUCUCUGGUGUUGCCUUCUCCUCCCCGUUGUUGUUUCCUCCUCACUGGUGUUGCCUCCUCCUCCCUGGUGUUGCCUUCUCCUCCCUGGUGUUGCCUUCUCCUCACUGGUGUUGCCUCCUCCUCACUGGUGUUGCCUCCUCCUCCCUGGUGUUGCCUCCUCCUCCCUGGUGUUGCCGCCUUCUCCCCGGUGUUGCCUCCUCCUCCCUGGUGUUGCCUCCUCCUCCCUGGUGUUGCCUCCUCCUCCUUGGUGUUGCCUCCUCCUCACUGGUGUUGCCUCCUCCUCCUUGGUGUUGCCUCCUCCUCCUUGGUGUUGCCUCCUCCUCCCCGGUGUUGCUUCCUCCUCCUUGGUGUUGCCUCCUCCUCUCUGGUGUUGCCUCCUCCUCCCCGGUGUUGUUUCCUCCUCACUGGUGUUGCCUUUUCCUCCCUGGUGUUGCCUCCUCCUCCUUGGUGUUGCCUCCUCCUCACUUGUGUUGCCUCCUCCUCCCUGGUGUUGCCUCCUCCUCCCUGGUGUUGCCGCCUUCUCCCCGGUGUUGCCUCCUCCUCCCUGGUGUUGCCUCCUCCUCCUUGGUGUUGCCUCCUCCUCACUGGUGUUGCCUCCUCCUCCCUGGUGUUGCCUCCUCCUCCCUGGUGUUGCCUCCUCCUCCCUGGUGUUGCCUCCUCCUCCUUGUUGUUGCCUCCUCCUCCCUGGUGUUGCCUCCUCCUCCCCGGUGUUGCCUCCUCCUCUCUGGUGUUGCCUUCUCCUCCCUGGUGUUGCCUCCUCCUCACUGGUGUUGCCUCCUCCUCCCUGGUGUUGCCUUCUCCUCCCUGGUGUUGCCUUCUCCUCCCUGGUGUUGCCUCCUCCUCCUUGGUGUUGCCUCCUCCUCACUGGUGUUGCCUCCUCCUCCCUGGUGUUGCCGCCUUCUCCCCGGUGUUGCCUCCUCCUCCCUGGUGUUGCCUUCUCCUCCCUGGUGUUGCCUCCUCCUCCUUGGUGUUGCCGCCUCCUCACUGGUGUUGCCUCCUCCUCCCUGGUGUUGCCUCCUCCUCCUUGGUGUUGCCUCCUCCUCUCUGGUGUUUCCUUCUCCUCCCUGGUGUUGCCUCCUCCUCCCCGGUGUUGUUUCCUCCUCACUGGUGUUGCCUUCUCCUCCCUGGUGUUGCCUCCUCCUCCCUGGUGUUGCCUCCUCCUCACUGGUGUUGCCCUCACUGGUGUUGCCUCCUCCUCCCUGGUGUUGCCUCCUCCUCCCUGGUGUUGCCUCCUCCUUGGUGUUGCCUCCUCCUCCUUGGUGUUGCAUCCUCCUCCUUGGUGUUGCCUCCUCCUCCUUGGUGUUGCCUCCUCCUCCCUGA